CGAACCAGCCGCCAGGAUCCAAACUUUGGUGAAGCUCCACGUCCCGUUUUCCAGUGAGCCAGUGGGGUUCCGGCCCUACUCCUCCUCCUCGUCCUCCUCCUCCACCACCUCCUUCUCCUCGUUGCUCGCUCACGUCCCAACCGUGAGCGGCGAGUUGGCUGCGGCCGAGAUUUCGCUCUCUCCAGGGUCUCAGUUCACCGUUUACUAGCCCCUUCUUGUUUUGUGCUCGCGGCCGACACUGGAGUGGAGAGGUCGACGUGUUGGACAUCACUCGCCCGCUCUGCUCUUCUUUGCGCUGCGCCUUCGUAGUCAUGGAUUGAUGAGUGUUUUUUCUUCCGACCUCAACCUCGAUCAAGUUGCAAAAAGAGUGUGCAUAACCUGCGACGCUCUCUUUCCCAGCUCCAUGUUUUACCCAGACUCUUUUCUAAGUACCUGGCUCCCCGUGCGGUUUCGCGGUUUGCCCCUCUGAACUUUUUUUUUUUUAGAUUAUUAUUGGCGAAUUUUACGGAUUUUUUUUCGAAAAGGAUUUCGUUCAAAAGCCGGGAUUCCUGAAAGCCUGCCAACAUUUAUUCGUGAAAAGUGAUGGCCGAGCGGGGAGCUCUGUUGCUCCUCUCUCUCCUCUCCUGUCUCACCUUUCUGUGCACGGGGAGCACGGCGGCCAAGCAUGUCGACAAAGCAUCAGCAGCACAGCCUUUCAGUCCAUUCUGGUUCACGGUGGAGCCCCGGGACACAGUGGCCAUUCGGGGGAACUCUGCGCUGCUCAACUGUUCUGCACACAGCGAUGCAGCCGCACCAGCACGCAUCGAAUGGAAGAAAGAUGGCACCUUCAUGAGUCUGGUUUCAGAUGAGAGACGGCGCAUACUCCCUGACGGCUCCCUACUCUUCACCCAUGUGGUUCACUCAAAGCACAACAAACCUGAUGAGGGCACUUACCAGUGUGUGGCCACCAUUGAAAACCUAGGAUCCAUUUCGAGUCGCACAGCGCACCUCAUUGUUGCAGGAAUGCCCAGGUUCGCCAGCCAGCCAGCACCUGCAACUGUUCGUCAAGGUGACAGCCAAGUCAUGGCUUGUGAGGUCAACUCGGACCUUGUCCUCUUCACCCGCUGGGAGAAAGACCGUCAGCCCCUGGAGCUCAACUCGAGGCUGGUCCAGCUACCCAGUGCUGCCUUGGUGAUCAGCAACGCCACAGAAAGUGAUUCUGGUCUUUACCGUUGCUUGGUGGAGAAUGUGGGCUCAUCAAAGUCCAGCGAAGAGGCACAGCUCCAGAUCCUGUCAGAAACCGGAGACGAGAGGAAGCUGGAGUUCCCCGUGGAGCCUGCGCCUGUGACCAAGGUCCUGGGAGCCAGCGUCUUGUUGCCCUGCGUGGCCACAGGUUUUCCAACACCACAUGUGCGAUGGAUGUUUAAAGAUAAACUUCUAGAGGAAAGUGAGGGCCGCAGGGAAUUGCUUGGAGGUGGCAGCCUUCAGAUUUCCAAUCUCACAGAGGACGACGCUGGCAUCUACACUUGUGUGGCUGAAAACACCAAUGCAACAAUUGAAGCCCAGGCUCAACUCACUGUGCAAGUUCCUCCCCAAUAUGCAAAGAGGCCAGCCAACAUUUACGCCCAUGAGUCCAUGGACAUCGUGUUUGAGUGCGAAGUCACAGGUUCACCAGCCCCCACCGUGAAAUGGGUGAAGAAUGGCGACGCUGUUAUUCCAAGCGACUACUUCAAAAUUAUUAAGGAACACGAUCUCCAGGUUCUGGGCCUGGUCAAAUCCGAUGAAGGUUUCUACCAAUGUCUGGCUGAAAAUGAUGCAGGAAACAUUCAAUCCAGUGCUCAACUCAUCAUCUUGGAUCACGACGUAGCCCUGCCCCCUCUCCUUCCCCCCUCACUGACUCCUAACACUACUGACCAUGUAACGCCAGGCUCUGGGGGUGUAGCUGGUCCGGCAGGACCCACUCCCUCCGCCCCACGGGAUGUCGUGGCUUCGCUGGUUUCCACCCGCUUCAUCAAGCUCACCUGGCGCCCGCCGGCUGAACCGCACGGAGACGAGCUAACCUACUCUGUUUUCUACAGCCAGGAGGGCACAAGCAGGGAGCGAGUUGUAAAUACAAGCCGACCAGGGGAGUUGCAGGUCACCAUCCCGAAUCUGAUGCCAGACACCAAAUAUCGCUUCAGGGUUGUGGCCCACAACAUCAAUGGUCAAGGAGAAAGCUCUGCGGGGCUCAAGGUGGCCACCCAGGCUGAAGUUCAAGUUCCCGGCCCGGCCCCAAAUGUGCAGGCGGCAUCAAAUACACCGACUUCUGUCACUCUGAGUUGGGAGAAACCCCUCACGGGCAAUGGAGAGGUCCUCACCUACAAGUUGUAUUACACGGACAAAAGCAUUGGAAAUGAACAGGAUGUUGACGUAAAUGGUCUGUCAUACACCAUGACAGGGCUAAAGAAGAAUACGCAGUACAGUUUUCGUGUGGUGGCCAACAAUAAGCACGGUCCGGGUGUCUCCACUGAUGACAUUGUGGUCCGCACACUGUCUGAUGUGCCAAGUGCUCCUCCUCAAAACUUCACUCUGGAGGUGCAAAACUCAAAGAGCAUCAUGCUUCGGUGGCAGCCGCCGCCCUCAAAUUCCCAGAAUGGAGAAAUCACUGGUUACAAGAUCCGAUACCGUAAAGGAUCACGGAGAAGUGAGACAGCGGAGACCACUCGGGGGAACCAGCUUUCCAAGCUCAUUGAUGGUCUUGAGCGUGGAACAGAGUACUCCUUCCGGGUGUCUGCCAUAACUGUGAACGGCACGGGCCCAGCCACUGACUGGACUACAACAGAGACAUUUGAGAGUGACUUGGAUGAAUCCCGGGUCCCAGACCAGCCCAGUUCACUUCACGUCCGCCCACUGGUGAACAGCAUCGUGGUGAGCUGGACGCCACCGGAGAACCAAGACAUUGUUGUACGUGGCUACAGCAUUGGCUACGGCAUUGGCAGCCCUCAUGCUCAGACCAUCAAAGUAGAUUACAAGCAGCGCUACUACACUAUUGAAAGCCUUGACCCCAGCUCCCACUAUGUGAUCACACUCAAAGCCUUCAACAACGUGGGUGAGGGGAUUCCUGUAUAUGAGAGUGCCAUCACAAGGCCACAGUCAGACCCCAUAGACCCUGAUGUUGACCUGUACGAACUCUUCCAUGCUCCAUACACCCCAGUACCAGAUCCCACCCCCAUGAUGCCACCUGUGGGUGUUCAGGCCUCCGUGCUGAGCCACGACACCAUCAAAGUCACCUGGGCAGACAACUCGCUGCCCAAGAACCAAAAGAUCACAGAUAACCGCUAUUACACGGUGCGCUGGAAGACCAACAUCCCUGCCAACACUAAAAUGAAGAUUGCCAACACAACCAGCUUGAACCACGUGGUGACAGGAUUGAAGCCCAACACCUUGUAUGAGUUUUCCGUUAUGGUGACCAAAGGCCGACGCACCAGCACAUGGAGCAUGACAGCCCAGGGAACCACCUUUGAAACCAUUCCUAGCUCCUCCCCCAAAGACGUGACAGUGGUGAGUAAAGAGAACAAACCUCGCACCAUCAUCAUCAACUGGCAGCCUCCCUCUGAGGCAAACGGAAAGAUCACAGGCUACAUCAUCUACUACAGCACAGAUGUCAAUGCUGAGGACCACGACUGGGUUGUUGAACCCGUGGUGGGCAAUCGCCUUACUCACCAGAUCCAGGACCUUACUCUAGACACGACAUACUACUUCAAGAUCGAGGCUCGAAACUCAAAGGGCAUGGGCCCAACAUCUGAGGCUGUACAGUUUAGGACCCCAAAGACUGAAUCCUCUGACAAAAUGGCAAAUGACCAAGCCUCAAAUCUGCCAUCGAAACCUGGACCUCCAGGCAACCAACUCCCCCUUGAUCCUGGAUCAGCAGUUGGCAAAUCGGGGAUGGGAAACAGUGAAAAUCACAUCCUGGUCAUCGUUGUCAUCAUCUCUGUGGGAGCGUUCACCAUCAUCGUGGUGGUUGUGGGUGCCUUCCUGUGCACACGGCGCACCACCUCACACCAGAAAAAGAAGCGGGCAGCCUCCAAGUCCUCCAACGGCUCGCACAAAUACAAGGGCAACUCCAAAGACCUGAAACCGCCCGAUCUUUGGAUCCACCAUGAGCGGCUGGAGCUAAAGCCAAUGGACAAGUCACCGGAGCCGAACCCGGUCAUGACCGAAACACCCAUCCCCCGCACCUCCCAAGAUAUUACUCCAGCUGACAGCGGGAUGGAGAGCAACCCCCACCUGCAACAGAGGCGAAACUCUUUCCGUGGCCAUGAAUCAGAGGACAGCAUGUCGACCCUUGCAGGCCGGCGGGGGAUGAGGCCUAAAAUGAUGAUGCCUUUUGAUGCACAGCCACCUCAGCCUGUAAUUAGCGCUCAUCCCAUCCAUUCCCUCGAUAACCAUCAGCACCAUUAUCACAUGGGCAGCCUGGCGUCGCCCACGCGCAGCUACCUCUACCACCAAGGCAGCGGGCACCUCCGCCCGCAUGCCUGCAGCCCCAUCUCCCAUCUUGACAGGGUGGACUCCACAGAAUCGGUGAGGAAUACACCUUGUUCGGAACCUCUUCCUCCUGCCGCCUCCUCCUCGCAGGCUUCCUGCCCCUCAGAGAUCCUGGCGGACCCCGACGGCAGUUACCAUGGCUCUACCACCACAGAGGAAGAGUCCUGCUAUACCAGCAACUUGCCGCCCCUGCGCUCGGCCCACCCGCACGCCCACGCUCACCCUCUGAAGAGCUUUGCUGUGCCUGCCAUCACAGCUGCAAGUCACCCUUGUUUUGAGUCACCUGCACUGCCCAGCACUCCCCUGCUAGCUCAGACUGGGCCUCCCACACACCCCCAUGUCGUUAAAACAGCCUCCAUUGGAACUCUAGGAAGGACUCGAACGCCAAUGAUGGUCAACGUGCCCAAUGCCCCCGACGUCCCAGAGACCAGCAAGAUGCUGGAGGAUGUAGAUAGCGUGCUUGCUUCCCUGCCCCCCUGCCCCUCCCCUGCCCCUCG